AUGGCCGGCCGUCGUGCAAACGGUAUCUUGUCCUGGGCGGCCAAGGCGGUCGUCCUCGGAUCUCUCCUUGCUGCCCCUGUAAGGGCCAACGAAGAUGAUGAUGAUGUUAUUACUGUCGAAGUUAUCGUUACAACCUACCUCUCGUUUGGUGCUUGCGCCAAUGCCUGCGCUCCGCAGCACUUCUUCACGACGGCUGAAGAGAAGCCGCCUUAUGUGACGCUCACUCUGCCGACCUGCCAAUCGGACCCCGCCACCUCGACCAAGCAUCCUCAGUGCCCAGUCUGCACAGGCACCGUCUUUCAUUAUGAACCUACACAAGACCCUUAUGUUACCAUUACGUCUACUACCACCGGCCUUGAACCCUACGUCUCGACUAUUCAUCCUGCUUGCCACCGCUGUGAGGGCACAGUCAUCAUCUACGACCCCAAGACCAAGGGUCCUUGGGAACCGCAGCCUACCACUUAUACUUGCGAAGGGGCUGGCCCCGACGAUCCUCGAUUCACUAUUCCAGGCAGGGGCCCGGAGUACCCGCCCACAGUCGUUAUCGGCACUCAUGGCUUUACCGACCAUCUCGUGACGGUGACGGCUCCUGGAUAUCACCAAGGAGAACGAGCUGAAACUCACACUCUGCUCCCGACUGGCCACGACGGAAGACCUCUGCCUGGCGCAGAUCCGAUUGUGCUCUGUGGCGACCCCGAUCAUUUGCCUGCGGUGCUUACUGCUCCUGGCGCGAGGCCUGAUGGUCCACGAGUUACCUGCCCGCCGAUCAGGCUGGGUCAGCCCCCUAUUGUUGUCAUUGAGCCGUCAGAGGGCCAUGGGCACGGCGGCUAUGGACAUGAGGGCUAUGGACACGAGGGCUAUGGAGAUGAGGACUAUGAUCAUGAGCACAAGGAUCAUGAGCACAAGGGACAUGAUCACAAGGGCCAUGAAGACGACGACUAUGAAGACGAUAGCUAUGAAGAAGAUGGCUCUGAAGACGAUAGCCACGAAGACGACAGCUAUGGACUUGACGGUCAUGGACACAAGGACGACGGACACAAGGGGCAUGGGCACAAGGGCCACCACGGACAUCACGGACAUCACGGACAUCACGGAUCAGGCGCAACAGACGAAGAGGGAGGCUUCUUUCCUGGAACGAGAAUCGAUUUUAACGGUGAUGGAGAAGCCGAUACCGUCAUUGAUCGCAACGGUGGCGUCGAUCUCAACGGCGAUGGCGUGCCAGAUAUUACGAUCACUGUCCAUGGAGCAGUUGACAUCGACCGUGACGGCCUAAUUGAUUCUUUUGUCGACGAGAACGGUGGAGUUGAUGUGGACGGUGAUGGCCGCCCUGAUAUCACCAUUCUUCCUUCCGGUGAGGGCAACCCUCGUUUCGACUUUGACUAUGUGAGGCUGGACCCCGGCACUCCGAUUGAUACAAACGGUGAUGGCAUACCCGACCUUGUCAUUGGGCCCAAUGGUGCCGUUGAUCUGAAUGGUGAUGGCUUCCCGGAUCUUUUCAUCAGGGCCGACGGCGCUGUCGAUCUCAAUGGAGACGGCUUGCAAGAUACAUUUGUUGAUCUAAACGGUGGCGUUGAUACCGAUGGCGAUGGCAGGCCCAACUUCAAGAUCCUCUAUGCCCUUGGCAGUGGAGGCUCUGGGAUCCUCGGCAUCAACACUGGACUUGUCGGCUCGCCGGUUGACCUCGACGGCGACCUUGCGCCUGAUGCCGUGGUCAGCGUGACUGGCGCCAUUGUACUCAAUGAUGGCAGGAAGCUAGACCUUAUCAUUGGACUCAACGGCAUUGUGGACCUGAACGGAGAUGGCAAGCCAGACACACUCAUCGGUCCUGGAGGCGGCAUUGACCUCGACGGCGACGGCGAAGCCGACAUCUUUAUUCAACGUCGCAAGCCGCCUACAGACCAGACGCCCUUUAUCCACCCUGGCCUUCCUGUGGACACCGAUGGCGAUGGAUUGCCCGAUACCACCAUUGGUCUAAGUGGCGGCAUUGACACUGACGGGGAUGGCAUACCGGAUAUCUAUGUCGACUUCCGGGGCAAUGUGGACUUCAACGCCGACGGCAUCCCUGACGCGAGAGUUGGGCUCGACGGCACUAUUGACCUUGGUAACGGGAGGCCGCCUAUCACUAUUGGCUCUGGCAUCAGCUCGGGCGGUGGCCAGUCCCUUGCCAUUCCAGGCCUUGGUGUUGAUCUCAACGGCGACGGCAAGGCUGACGUUACCAUUAGCCUUGGUGGAGGUGUCGACACCAAUGGAGAUGGGAAGCCCGAUCUCAUAAUCAACCCCGAUGGCAGCGUUGAUCUGAACCUUGAUGGAAUUCCGGAUACCACAGUCGGACUAGCCGGUGGCAUUGACACCAAUGGUGAUGGUAUUCCAGACAUUACGAUUAUCGACAGCCGCCCCCUUGCUCUCCCUGGCGCUGGUGUCGACCUUAACGGUGACGGUAUCCCUGAUGUUUUCAUCGGCGCUGAUGGAAGUGUUGACACCGACGGGGAUGGGCUGCCCAAUCUCGUUAUCAACGCUAAUGGCAGUGUUGAUCUGAACCUUGAUGGAAUCCCUGAUACCACCGUCGGGCUAGGCGGUGGCAUCGACACUAAUGGUGAUGGUAUCCCGGACAUCAGGGUCAUCCGCGGUCAGCCCCCUGUCAUCCCUCCCGCUGGUGUCGACCUUAACGGUGACGGUAUUCCUGACGUUACCAUUGACCCUGGUGGCGGUAUCGACACCAACGGCGAUGGGCAGCCCGACAUUGUUGUCAAUGCUGACGGCACUGUUGAUCUGAACCUUGACGGAAUCCCAGAUACCAGAGUUGGCCCAGGUGGUGCCAUCGACACGAAUGGUGACGGAAUCCCCGACAUCACCAUUAUCGGAGGUCUUGGAUCCCUCAUCCCUGGUGGUACAGGAAACGGAACCGGUCCGGGGGGGAUCGGGCUCCCGAGCGGCUUUAGACCGACGCCUGGCCUGGGAGUCGAUCUCAACCUCGACGGUAAGGCCGAUACGACCAUUGGCCCUCACGGCGAGAUUGACACCAACGGCGACGGAAGGGCUGAUCUUAUAGUUCGCCUUGACGGUAGCGUUGAUCUGAAUCUUGACGGUAUUGCUGAUCUGUACGUCGGUCCCAAUGGCGGUAUCGACACCAAUGGAGAUGGCAGACCAGACAUUCGGAUCUUAAAACCCAGCGGGCCUGGCAUCCCUGGCACAGGAAAUGGAACCACUGGCGGUCUCAUUCCCCGUCCUGGCCUCGGGGUCGAUAUCAAUGGCGAUGGGAAAGCGGAUACUCUGAUUGGACCCAACGGCGGCAUCGACAUCAACGGAGACGGAAGGGCAGAUAUCACAGUUUUCCCUGACGGUAGCGUCGACUUGAACAAUGAUGGCAUUCCGGACAGCCAUAUUCUCCCGGGUGGCGGCAUCGAUCUUAACGGAGAUGGUAUAGCAGAUCUCUUCAUCCUGCCGGGUCCCGGCGGACCUAUCAUCCCUGGCGGCACAGGGAAUGGGACCACUGGCGGCACAAAUGGAACCUUCAUUCCCGUUCCUGGACUUGGCGUUGACCUCAACGGCGAUGGCAAGGCCGAUACCACCAUCGCUCUCGAUGGAGGCAUCGACAUCAAUGGAGACGGAAUCCCAGAUUUAACGGUUCGCCUUGAUGGCGGCGUCGAUCUGAACCGUGAUGGAAUUGUCGAUAGCCAUGUUCUCCCUGGCGGCGGCAUCGACCUCAACGGAGAUGGUAGGCCAGAUAUCACUAUCCUGAGGGACCUUGUCGGUGGAAACUCUACUAGCGGAAGUCCUGCUGGCUUGAUUUUCCCCGGCCUCGGAGUUGAUCUUAACGGCGAUGGCAUUCCGGAUACCACUAUCACCGCUGACGGUGGCAUUGAUACUAAUGGUGACGGCACUCCUGACAUAUACAUCGCAGCUAAUGGAACCGUCGACACCAACGGCGAUGGAGUGCCGGACGCCGCAAUUUAUGGUAACGGCACUAUCGAUCUAAACGGCGACGGAACGCCGGAUCUGACAGUUCUCGGCCUUGCUGAUGCCAUCAUCAAUGCUAUCGGCAGCCUCCUCGGCAACGGGGCCGGGGGUAACGGCACCAAUACUGGUAGCAGCCCCUUGAUCACCAUCGGUGGACGUCUUAUCAACGGCGCUGGCGUGGAUCUCAAUGGCGAUGGGCUGCCCGACACCACUGUCGGUAAUGGCGGAGGCAUCGACAUCAACGGAGAUGGGAAGCCUGAUAUCACCGUCUUGCCUGGUGGCGGAGUCGACACUAAUGGAGAUGGCAUCGCCGAUACCACUGUGCUCCCUAACGGCGGCAUUGACACAAAUGGAGACGGCGUACCUGAUAUCAGGAUUUUGCUUGACAAUCUGACCGGUUCACCCGGCAACAUAACAGGGUCUCUCGGCUCCGGACUGGGUUCUUUGCUCAAAGGCUUGACUGUUGGUACUCCUGUCGACCUUGACAAAGACGGAAAAGGAGAUACCACAAUUGGCCUCGGAGGCGCCAUCGAUCUUAAUUUCGACGACAUUCCUGAUCUUAUCAUUGGAGCUGAUGGCAAUGUGGACCUCAAUGGCGAUGGCGUUCCCGAUACCACGAUUACUCCGAACGGAGGCAUUGACAUCGACGGCGAUGGAACGCCCGACAUUUUCGUCUUGCCGGGCAUCCUGGAGCAGCUGCUUUCUAAUGGCACUUCUGGCAAUGCCACUAACGGUGCCGGCAUCGGCCUUGGCCUCGGUCUCCAAGUUGGCAUUGGUUCUCGUGUGGACCUCACCGGAGACGGAGUAGGAGACACUGCUGUCGGUGCUAACGGUGGCAUCGAUAUCGACCUCGAUGGUAUCCCGGAUGUCUUCCUCCUCCCUGGCGGAGGCGUCGACUUGAACGGUGACGGGUUGCCUGAUGUUGUCAUUGGUCUCACGGGAGGCAUUGACCUGAAUGGCGACACUGUUCCCGAUAUCACGAUCUUACCUAGCGUUAUCGGCGCAGGCUUGCUUGGCUCUGGAGGCCUGGGCGGGCUUUUCGGCGGCGGCAACGCAACAGCCUUUCCUAAUUACCUGAGCAGCAUCAUUCAAAGCGAUGGGUCCCUUGAUCCCGAUUUCCUGGGCGGAGUCCUCGUGGGCAACCUCAUCGGUUCCACAAACACCUCGGGCAAUAGCACUCUCACGAAUGAUCUGUUGAACGGCCUCCUCGCCGGCAGCAAAACAAUCUCGUCAAAGACCCUGGCCGGACUUCUCCUUGGAGGACUUGCCGGAAGCGGUGCCACCGCCGACCCCAAUCUUGUAGGCGGUGUUCUCGUCGGUGCGACUCUGAGCGGCCUCAACGCGACAGAUAAGGCUGUUGACCCUGCUCUCUUGAGCGGCCUUGUUAGUGGGAUUGCGAACUUCACUCCUGCGACUCUAAAUGGGCUUGCUAUUGGAAGCUUGCUUGGAAGUAAUGGGACCACUCUUGACCUUACUGGCGUCCUUGGGAACGGAACAACGACCAACGGCACUGCUCCUGCAGGCAAUGGCACUGACGUUGGUGACAUCCUGGGCGGCAUUCUGAAUGGCACAAUAGGUACAGCAGACCCGAUUCCCGGAUCCAAUGGAACUACUGUGGGCGACAUCCUGGGCGGCCUGCUCAGUGGCACAAUAGGUACAGGAGACCCAGUUCCCGGAGGCAACGGCACAACCGUCGGCGACGCCCUGGGCGGUCUUCUAGAUGGCACAACAGGAACUCCAGGCAACCCUAACGGAGGCAAUGGCACCAUCGUCGGUGACCUCCUCGGCGGCAUCCUUAAUGGCACAAUAGUUCCAGGAGACCCGAUUCCUGGAGGCAAUGGCACAACCGUCGGCAACCUGCUUGGUGGGCUCAUCAAUGGCACAAUAAGUACAGGAGAACCCCUUCCCGGAGGCAAUGGUACUACUAUCGGCGACGCCCUGGGCGGUCUUCUUAAUAGCACGACGGGAGCUCCAGGAAACCCUAACGGAGGCGAUGGCACUGCCAUCGGUGACCUGCUGGGUGGCAUUCUUAACGGCACAUUGAGUACGGGAGACCCGAUUCCCGGAGUCAAUGGCUCUACAGUGGGCGACUUGCUGGGUGGUCUUCUUAAUGGCACAUUAAGUACAGGACAACCGGUCCCCGGAGACAACGGUACUACUAUUGGGGAUCUCGUAGGUGGCCUCCUUGGAAACGGAACCAACGGCACUGGUACCCCAGGCAAUGGCACUGGUACCGGAGGCAAUGGCACUACGAUUGGCGACCCCCUCGGCGGUCUCCUCAAUGGCACAACGGGAACCAACGGCACGAAUACUGGAGGCAACGGAACUAGUCUCGGCGACCUCCUCGGCGGCCUUCUCAAUAGUACAACAGGAGGUACGGGUGAUCUUCUUGGCAACCUGACAGGAGCAGGCAACAACACAGGAUUGCUCGACGGCCUCCUGAAUGCCAAUGGAACUGUCGACCCCGCCGCCUUGGGUGAUUUCCUCGGCAAUCUGACCAGCGCUCUGUCAGGAUCAGGAACUGGCAACAACACAGGUGGCAACAACCAAGGAAAUCCACUGGACGGUCUUGUGAACGCCAAUGGAACUGUCGACCCUGGCGCCUUGGGUGGCCUCAUCGGCAGUCUGCUGAACACCACUGGCGGCGCAGGAGACCUAUUGGGCAACUUGACAAACCCCACCGGAGGACAAACUGGAAACAAUACCGGAGGGCUACUUGACCCCCUCUUGAAUGGCAAUGGAACACUUGGCGAUGGUACUGGAGGCAUUGGCGGUCUCCUUAACAAUACCACGGGUGGUCUGGGUGGCCUCCUCAAUAAUACCACAGGAGGUCUCCCCAAUGGCAACGGUACCACAGGAAACGGCACUGGGAAUCCUCUGGGAGGACUUCUUGGUAAUGGGACCGCAGGCAACAACACUGGAGGUCUUCCGGGAGGCCUUCCGGGAGGCCUUCCAGGAGGUCUUCUCGGCAACGGGACCGCAGGCAACGGCGGUGGAACCUUAGGAGAUCUUCUCACAAAUAUCACCACCGGGUUGGGCGGCAUCCUUAACAACACCACAAGUGGCCUGGGCGGCGUCCUGGGCAAUACGACCACUGGUAUCGGCGGUCUUCUCAACGGGACUGCAGGUAGUGGAGAUCUUGGUGGCAUUCUCGGCAAUGCUACCACCGGCUUAGGCGGGGUUCUGAGCAAUACGACCACGGGACUAGGUGGUCUUCUCAGUAACACUACCACUGGUCUAGGUGGCCUUCUCGGUAACGGGGCUCCUGCAAACGGAACGACAGGAACUGCAGGCAACAGCACUGGUGGCCUUCUGGGUGGUUUGCUCGGCGGGGGCGCUGGAAACACCACUGGCGCUGGAAACACCACUGGUGCUGGAGGCAACCUCGGUCUCGGCCUCAACAUUCAGAUUGGUUCCCCAGUUGAUCUGAACGGCGACGGCCGAGCCGAUACGACAAUUGGUCCCGGUGGCGUCAUUGACACCAACGGAGACGGUAGACCUGACAUCGUCAUCCAGUUUGGAGGAGGUGUUGAUCUGAACGGCGAUGGAGCGGCAGAUACUACCGUUAGGCCCGACGGAGGCAUUGAUCUCAAUGGUGAUGGCGUCUCUGACAUCAAACUUGGCCUGGGAACCGGAACUGCAGGAACUGUCUUCUUGGUGGCUUGCUAG